UACUUCCGUGUUACCGCUGUGUGCAGUUGUGAUUGGAAGGGGAGUUCAGUGAACUGCACACUGAGUAAUGGAGUAAGGGGAUUUUAUGUUUUCUUCGCCAACAUAUUGUUGCCUUUUCAUUUUUUAUAUGUGUAAAGAGAGGUAAAGGCCACCGACAAGAAGCUACGAAGCCAAACAAGAAGAAAAACAAGCUAGCGUUUCAGCUAGCUACCUGAAAAGGUGGUCUCCCCUGCAGCUCAAUAGCGAUUUAAUCAAAUAAUGGAGUUUCUCUGUGAAAUAGUUCAAGCUCUCGUCGCAUUAGCAGCUUUAAGUUUGAUUGUGGUGGUGAUAAUAGCACACGUGACUGCUGGGAUGGUGAACUUGAGGCGCCACGAGAAGGAGAAAUAUUUCCUCACAGCCUCAGGAGAGAAGGAGCUCUUCCCAAGCCUUCACGAUCCCAGCUCCAGGGAUCUGUCUGUGGUGGUUCCUGCUUACAAUGAGGAGCUCCGAAUGCCUGUGAUGAUGGAUGAAGCUAUGGAUUAUCUGGAAAAAAGACAAAAACAAAACCCUUCUUUCACUUAUGAGGUCAUUGUGGUUGAUGAUGGCAGCAGAGAUAAAACCACAGAGGUUGCUCUGCGGUACACGAGGAAGUACAGUGCAGAUAAAGUCCGUGUCCUGACGCUGGUGAAGAACAGAGGGAAAGGUGGAGCUGUGCGCAUGGGAACUAUGAGCUCCAGGGGGAAGCUGAUUCUGAUGGCAGAUGCAGAUGGAGCCACAAAGUUUUCUGACAUUGAAAAACUAGAGGCUGGACUAAAAGACAUCCAUCGUGGACCGGAGAACUUGGCCAUUUCCUGUGGUUCUAGAGCUCACCUGGAGCAGGAGUCAGUCGCUCAGCGAUCCGUGUUUCGUACAUUCCUCAUGUACGGCUUCCACUUCCUGGUCUGGUUCCUCUGCGUGAGGGGGAUCCGGGACACUCAGUGUGGCUUCAAGCUCUUUACACGCGAGGCUGCGCUCAAGUCCUUCUCCUCUCUCCAUGUGGAGCGAUGGGCCUUUGAUGUGGAGCUCCUGUUCAUCGCCCAGUGUUUUAAAAUCCCCAUAACAGAGGUGGCAGUCAACUGGACUGAAAUAGAAGGAUCCAAGCUGGUCCCGUUCUGGAGCUGGCUGCAGAUGGGAUUGGACCUGAUUUUCAUCCGCCUGCGCUACAUCACCGGAGCCUGGAAGCUGCAGUCGCCUCACAAAUCUGAUUAACCAAUCAGAGAAGCUCUUGUGUCACUGAGAGGAGCUGCUGUAGGGCCAAAAAGCCUUUCACCGUGGGAUUCUGACUGUGUCGGUUGUUCGCUGUAAUCAUCUGAAAAAGCAAAUUUUCUUUUAUUUUUAUUAUUUUCCUUUUCCAGACAUCGUUGGAAGGAAAGUGCCGGCACAGUUGUGGAUUCCUGCCUUUUUAUGUGGAUUCUGCUGGCUCUUUAGAGCCACUGUUACACAUACAACAGUUUACACAAUGUCUGUACGACCGAUUGUGUAUUUUGCUUACAUUGGGCCCAAUCAGCUGUGGAUGAGAUGAUGGAUCUGAUUCAAAUGAUGAGUGAGCAACAUAGUUGGUUGUUUUCAAAGGGGAGGGGUUUUUGUUUUGGAGGGAAUGUUAAUGUGCUGAAAACCUGGAGACAAAAAUAAAAGUUUUUGGCAUUUGAUUUAAAAAUCAUCCAGCCUUUAUCCAAA